CUCUUUUAAUUUUUGUUAACAAAAAUUAAGAUAUCUUUUAAGUGAUUAUGACUUCGGAAGUGCUCAACCAAAAUGAGAUACAAUUAGUGAGAAAUAGUUGGGAGACUAUUAAGAAAGAUGGCAAAAACUUUGGUAAUCAGCUCUUCAUUGACUUCUUCGCCAAAUACCCAUCAUAUCAGCAAUACUUUAAGUCAUUGGCAAACAUCCCAUUAAGCGAAUUGAGUUCAAUGAUCAAAAAACAUGGGUUGGCGUCGAUGGGUAUGUGCGCCGCCAUCGCGUCCAACAUAUUCGCUAUAGUCGUCGGAUUAGGUCUUCCGUGGCUUCUGCAGUGUCUGAUCCAAUUGGCUCGGACUAAUGGCGACUAUAAGCAGGCAUUUAUCCCAAUAGAGAGCGACGCCCUUCCCUACACGUCUAUUAUAUAA